CUCCAACUCCCAUCAUGCCCCUCGGUAGUUUCUCCGGAAGAAAACCUGUGCUGUGCCUUUGCGCUUCCUCUUUCCGUCAGCGGAGUUUAGUACACGAUGGGACGUGUGAUCAGGGGACAGAGAAAAGGUGCGGGCUCCGUGUUCAAAGCCCAUGUGAAGCACAGGAAGGGUGCCGCUAAACUCCGCCACAUUGACUUCGCUGAACGUCAUGGAUACAUCAAGGGGAUUGUGAAGGAUAUCAUCCAUGACCCCGGCCGUGGUGCUCCCUUGGCCAAAGUGGCGUUCCGUGACCCGUACCGCUUCAAGAAGAGGACGGAGCUGUUCAUCGCUGCUGAGGGCAUCCACACUGGACAGUUCAUCUACUGCGGCAAGAAGGCUCAGCUGAACAUCGGGAAUGUCCUGCCAGUCGGCACAAUGCCUGAGGGAACCAUCAUCUGCUGCCUGGAGGAGAAACCCGGAGACAGAGGCAAACUGGCCCGCGCUUCAGGAAACUACGCCACAGUCAUCUCCCACAACCCAGAGACCAAGAAGUCCAGAGUCAAGCUGCCAUCAGGCUCCAAGAAAGUCAUCCACUCUGCCAACAGAGCUGUUGUUGGUGUGGUUGCUGGAGGUGGUCGUAUUGACAAACCCAUCCUGAAGGCCGGUCGUGCCUACCACAAGUACAAGGCCAAGAGGAACUGCUGGCCUCGUGUCCGUGGUGUGGCCAUGAACCCUGUUGAGCAUCCCUUCGGUGGUGGUAACCAUCAACAUAUUGGUAAACCCUCAACUAUCAGAAGAGACGCACCCGCUGGUCGCAAGGUCGGUCUUAUUGCUGCCCGUCGUACAGGCAGACUGCGCGGAACAAAGACCGUCCAGGAGAAGGAGAACUAAAUCUGAGUUUCUUGAUAAUAAAACGUGUUCCAAAAGAA